ACAACAGAUCUCCUGGACCGGGUGAAGUUGGCUGCCCAGUGGAAGGCAAGUUGCAACAUCUGCGAGCAGAGUCAGAACAAAAGCCCCUUAACUUUUUCGGUCUGGCCCUGAGCUCUGUGGCGUCCCUAGCUCUCCUCCACUCUCAGUUCUCCGCUGGACCUUGGACAGGAUUUUCUGCAGUACAGUGGUGAAGCGUGGCUGCCGCACGUCCUGACUCAUGUGACAGCUGCUGGGGAAGAGGCCACGGUAAGACCAUGGGGGAUGUGAAGCUGGUCGCCUCAUCGCACGCUUCCAAAACGUCCCUCAGUGUGGACCCCUCGAGAGUCGGCUCCGUGCCCCUGACCGAGGCCCCUGCUUUCACUUUGCCCCCUCGGAACCUCUGCAUCAAAGAAGGAGCCACCGCCAAGUUUGAAGGGAGGGUCCGAGGUUACCCAGAGCCCCAGGUGACAUGGCACAGAAACGGGCAGCCCAUCACCAGCGGGGGCCGCUUCCUGCUGGAUUGCGGUAUCCGGGGGACUUUCAGCCUUGUGAUUCAUGCCGUCUGUGAGGAGGACAGGGGAAAGUAUACCUGUGAAGCCACCAAUGGUAGUGGUGCCCGCCAGGUGACAGUGGAGUUGACAGUGGAAGGGAGUUUUAUGAAGAAGCAUGGUCAGCCUGUUGUUUCCAAAACCUCGGGGGACAGAUUUUCAGCCCCUGCAGUGGAGACCCGCCCUAGCAUCUGGGGAGAGUGCCCACCAAAGUUCGCUACCAAGUUGGGCCGAGCAGUGGUCAAAGAAGGACAGAUAGGACGAUUCUCCUGCAAGAUCACUGGCCGGCCCCAGCCACAGGUCACCUGGCUCAAGGGAAACAUCCCAUUGCAGCCGAGUGCCCGUGUGUCUAUGUCUGAGAAGAAUGGGGUGCAAGUUCUGGAAAUCCAUGGAGUCCACCAAGAUGAUGUGGGAGUGUACACGUGCCUGGUGGUGAACGGGUCAGGGAAGGCCUCCAUGUCAGCUGAGCUUUCUAUCCCAGGUUUGGACAAUGCCAGCAGGUCGUGUGUGAGAGGAGCAAAGGCCGCCAGUUCAGACAUCAAGAGGGAGGUGACCAAUGGAAUCUCAAAGGCGUCGAAACCAGACAGCCUGGAGAUUGCAGCCGGAAGUAAGAACUGCUCCAGCCCCCAGAGGGCUGGCUCCCCGGCCCAGGCCACAAACAGCCAGCCUCAGCCCCUGCGGGAGUCCACCCUGGAGCAGUGUGGGAACCCGCCCGGAAGGGUCCUGCAGGCUCCCGUCCUCCGGAAGACUUCCAGCACCAUCACCCUGCAGGCCGCGAGAGUGCAGCCGGAAGCGAGGGCGCCAGUCUUGGGGGCCCUGUCUCCUUCCGGAGAAGAGAGGAAGAGGCCAACUGCUCCCCAUCCAGCCGCCCUCCCCUCUAGGCAGUCUGGCCUGGGAAGCCAGGAAGUUGUGGGCAAGGCUGCUACCAAGAAAAUCCCCAUGGAGAGCCAGAGGGAUUUAACAUUUCCCAAAUUUGUGAGCAAGCCUCAAAGCCAGGAAGUCAGGGAAGAUCAAACGGUCAAGUUCAGAUGUGAGGUUUCAGGGAUCCCAAAGCCUGAAGUGGCCUGGUUCCUGGAAGGCACCCUGGUGAGGAGACAAAAAGGCACCGUUGAGGUUUAUGAAGAUGCAGGAUCCCACUACCUGUGCCUGCUGAGAGCCCGGGCCAGGGACAGCGGGAAAUACAGCUGCACGGCUUCCAACAUCCAAGGCCAGGUGUCCUGUAGCUGGACCCUCCUCGUGGAAAGGCUGGCCGUGAUGGAGGUGGCCCCCUCAUUCUCCAGUGUCCUGAAGGACUGUACUGUCAUCGAGGGCCAGGAUUUUGUGCUGCAGUGCUCCGUGCAGGGCACCCCAGUGCCCCGAAUCACUUGGCUGCUCAAUGGGCAGCCCAUCCAGUACGCUCGCUCCACCUGUGAGGCCGGUGUGGCGGAGCUCCACAUCCAGGACGCCCUGCCGGAGGACGAUGGCACCUACACCUGUCUGGCUGAGAAUGCCCUGGGGCAGGUGUCCUGCAGUGCCCGGGUCACCGUCCAUGAAAAGAAGAGCGAUAGGAAGAGUGAAUACGUUCUGCCCGUGGCUCCCAGCAGGCCCGUCACACCUGUCUUCCUGCAGGGCCUCUCUGAUCUCAAAGUCAUGGAUGGAAGCCAGGUCACCAUGACGGUCCAGGUGUCAGGGAAUCCUCCCCCUGAGGUCAUCUGGCUUCACAACGGGAAUGAGAUCCAGGAGUCAGAGGACUUCCACUUUGAACAGAGAGGCACUCUGCACAGCCUUUGUAUCCAGGAGGUGUUUCCAGAGGACACAGGCACGUAUACCUGCGAGGCCUGGAACAGCGCCGGAGAGGUCCGCACCCAGGCCGUGCUCACGGUGCAAGAGCCUCACGAUGGCACCCAGCCCUGGUUCAUCAGCAAGCCUCGCUCGGUCACAGCCUCCCUGGGCCAGAGUGUCCUCAUCUCCUGCGCCAUAGCUGGUGACCCCUUUCCUACUGUGCACUGGCUCCGAGAUGGCAAAGCCCUCUCCAAAGACACUGGCCACUUCGAGGUGCUGCAGAAUGAGGACGUGUUCACCCUGGUUCUAAGGAACGUGCAGCCCUGGCACGCCGGCCAGUAUGAGAUCCUGCUCAAGAACCGGGUUGGCGAAUGCAGCUGCCAGGUGUCACUGAUGCUACAGAGCAGCCCUGCCAGAGCCCCCCCACGGGGGAGGGAGCCUGCCAGCUGUGAGGGCCUCUGUGGUGGAGAAGCUGGCGCUGAUGGUGGCAGUGGUGAUCACUAUGGGACCCUGAGGCCCAGCUGGCUGGCAAGAGGGCAGGGUUGGCCAGAGGAGGAAGACGGUGAGGACGUGCGGGGGGUGCUGAAGAGGCGCGUGGAGACCAGGCAGCACACGGAGGAGGCCAUCCGCCAGCAGGAGGUAGAGCAGCUGGACUUCCGUGACCUCCUGGGGAAGAAGGUGAGUACCAAGACUGUGUCAGAAGAAGACUUGAAGGAGAUCCCAGCUGAGCAGAUGGAUUUCCGCGCCAACCUGCAGCGGCAAGUAAAGCCAAAGACUGUGACGGAGGAAGAGAGGAAGGUACAUAGCCCCCAGCAGGUUGACUUCCGCUCUGUCCUGGCCAAGAAAGGGACUCCCAAGACCCCCGUGCCUGAGAAAGUGCCACCUCCCAAACCUGCUACCCCGGAUUUUCGCUCAGUGCUAGGCAGCAAGAAGAAAUUACCAGCAGAAAAUGGUAGCAGCAGCCCUGAGGCCUUGAAUGCUGGGAAAGAAGAACUCAAGAAGGAGGUUAAGAAUGAUGUGAAUUGCAAGAGAGGGCAAGCAGGGGCCACAGAUAAUGAAAAAAGAUCGGAGAGCCAAGGGACAGCCCCAGCCUUCAAGGAGAAGCUACAAGAUGUUCAUGUGGCAGAGGGUGAGAAGCUGCUACUCCAGUGCCAGGUGUCCUCUGACCCUCCGGCCACUAUCACCUGGAUGCUGAAUGGAAAGACCCUCAAGACCACCAAGUUCAUCAUCCUGUCCCAAGAAGGCUCACUCUGCUCCGUCUCCAUUGAGAAGGCGCUGCCCGAAGACAGAGGCUUAUACAAGUGUGUGGCCAAGAAUGGCGCCGGCCAGGCUGAGUGCUCCUGCCAAGUCACUGUGGACGAUGCUCCGGCCAGUGAGAACACCAAGGCCCCGGAGAUGAAAUCCCGGAGGCCCAAGAGCUCUCUUCCUCCCGUGCUAGGAACAGAGAGUGAUGCAACUGUGAAAAAGAAACCUGCCCCCAAGACACCUCCAAAGGCAGCAAUGCCUGCUCAGAUCAUCCAGUUUCCUGAGGACCAAAAGGUGCGCGCGGGAGAGUCAGUGGAGCUGUUUGGUAAAGUGGCAGGCACCCAGCCCAUCACCUGUACCUGGAUGAAGUUCCGAAAGCAGAUCCAGGAGAGUGACCUCAUCAAAGUGGAGAACAACGAGAACGGCAGCAAGCUCACCAUCUUGGCUGCACGCCAGGAGCACUGCGGCUGCUACACGCUGCUGGUGGAGAACAAGCUGGGCAGCAGGCAGGCCCAGGUCAACCUCACUGUUGUGGAUAAGCCAGACCCCCCGGCUGGCACACCUUGUGCCUCUGAUAUUCGGAGCUCCUCACUGACCCUGUCCUGGUACGGCUCCUCGUAUGAUGGGGGCAGCGCCGUGCAAUCCUACAGCAUCGAGAUCUGGGACUCUGCCGACAAGACGUGGAAGGAGCUAGCCACAUGCCGCAGCACCUCUUUCAACGUGCAGGACCUGCUGCCUGACCAUGAGUAUAAAUUCCGUGUGCGUGCAAUCAACGUGUAUGGAACCAGUGAGCCAAGCCAGGAGUCUGAACUCACAGUGGUGGGAGAGAAAUCUGAGGAGCCAAAGGAUGAAGUGGAAGUGUCAGAUGACGACGAGAAGGAGCCCGAGGUCGAUUACCGGACGGUGACAGUCAACACGGAACAAAAAGUAUCUGACUUCUAUGACAUCGAAGAGCGACUAGGAUCUGGGAAAUUUGGACAGGUCUUUCGACUUGUAGAAAAGAAAACUAGAAAAAUCUGGGCAGGGAAAUUCUUCAAGGCAUAUUCGGCAAAAGAGAAGGAGAACAUCCGGCAGGAGAUUAGCAUCAUGAACUGCCUCCACCACCCCAAGCUGGUGCAGUGUGUGGACGCCUUCGAGGAAAAGGCCAACAUCGUCAUGGUCCUGGAGAUCGUGUCAGGGGGCGAGCUGUUUGAGCGCAUCAUUGACGAGGACUUCGAGCUGACGGAGCGCGAGUGCAUCAAGUACAUGAGGCAGAUCUCGGAGGGGGUGGAGUACAUCCACAAGCAGGGCAUCGUCCACCUAGACCUCAAGCCCGAGAACAUCAUGUGCGUCAACAAGACGGGCACCAGGAUCAAGCUCAUCGACUUCGGUCUGGCCAGAAGGCUGGAGAACGCGGGCUCUCUGAAGGUCCUCUUUGGCACCCCGGAGUUUGUGGCUCCUGAAGUGAUCAACUACGAGCCCAUCGGCUACGCCACGGACAUGUGGAGCAUCGGGGUCAUCUGCUACAUCCUGGUCAGUGGACUUUCCCCCUUCAUGGGUGACAACGAUAAUGAAACCUUAGCCAAUGUUACCUCAGCCACCUGGGACUUCGAUGACGAGGCGUUUGAUGAGAUCUCCGACGAUGCCAAGGAUUUUAUCAGCAAUUUAUUGAAGAAAGAUAUGAAAAACCGCCUGGACUGCACCCAGUGCCUUCAGCACCCAUGGCUAAUGAAAGACACCAAGAACAUGGAGGCCAAGAAGCUCUCCAAGGACCGGAUGAAGAAAUAUAUGGCCAGGAGGAAAUGGCAGAAAACGGGCAAUGCUGUGAGAGCCAUUGGAAGACUGUCCUCUAUGGCAAUGAUCUCAGGGCUCAGUGGCAGGAAAUCCUCAACAGGGUCACCAACCAGCCCGCUCAAUGCAGAAAAACUAGAAUCUGAAGAAGAUGUGUCCCAAGCUUUCCUCGAGGCUGUCGCCGAGGAAAAGCCCCAUGUAAAACCCUAUUUCUCUAAGACCAUUCGUGAUUUAGAAGUUGUGGAGGGAAGUGCUGCUAGAUUUGACUGCAAGAUUGAAGGAUACCCAGACCCUGAGGUCGUCUGGUUCAAAGAUGACCAAUCAAUCAGGGAGUCCCGCCACUUCCAGAUAGACUACGAUGAGGAUGGGAACUGCUCUUUAAUUAUUAGCGAUGUUUGCGGGGAUGACGAUGCCAAGUACACCUGCAAGGCUGUCAACAGUCUUGGAGAAGCCACCUGUACAGCAGAGCUCAUUGUAGAAACCAUGGAGGAAGGAGAAGGGGAAGGGGAAGAGGAAGAAGAGGAAGAGUGAACAAAGCCAGAGAGAAGCAUUAUAAGUCAUAUUAAAAGAACUAUUUCUCUAAACUCAAAAAACUCAAGGUAGUAAAAGCACCUAGUGUGAUAGAUUAUCUAGUUAGGUCAUUUGGGGGUUGAUUCUUCAGCAACAGCAGUUCUUGAUGGGCAUUAAUUUGAAUUAGCUGGCACCUUAAGAUACUUAGUGCCGCUAGAUUUCAUUUAAGGGAAAUCACCAGUAACUUGCCUGACCAAUUGACUUUAGAAAGAAAGUAACCAAAAGAAAAAUUUAUCUGGGCAAAGUCAUAUAUUCCCCAACUGAAUGCAAUAAUGAAAAAUAAGUCCGAAACAAGGGCUCUGGGCGCGCAGCCACAGCUCAGCCCAGAGUGUCCCUAGCCAUGGAAAGCCUCUCUCUCCCAGCUCCUGACUCCAGAAAACUGGGUCUUCUCCAGUAUUGCUGCACUUCAUUCUGAAAGCAGUUGAGCCAUUCUAAUUUAUGAGGCAUACUUUAUUCCAAAGUACGCUGCAGACGUUUGAACUUUCCAUUUCUCUUCCCCAUUCCACCAGCCAGUUUUUCUGGAUCUGAACUUGUUAUGACCGUAAGCACCAAGGACAUUCUACUUCUUAAAUUCUGAAGACAGGUCCCCUGCUCAUGAAUGACUCUGGCUUCCUUAGGAAAAUAAAUUCUCCUUUCUUCUAAAAUCAGUAAGAUAUCUAAACUUAUCCCCUCUUUGAAAAUGUCUAGCAGCUUCAGAUAUUUGGUUACGAACCCAUGGAAACAAAAUCCUUGCUAAUGUUGCUUUUCUUCUUAAACCAGGUUUCAUAUUUGUGUUGUUAUAGAAUAUCAGCUCUGCAUGUAUGGUAAAGAUCUUUGUGUUUGAAUGUAGGAAAAACCAGUUUGCUGAAAAGUUAGUCUUAAUUAUUUACUGGCCACUAUAAAACAGAUGUCAACUGAAAAGCUAUAGAACUCCACAUACUUUGGAAUCUCCUUCAAGAUAGUCUGAGUUUAACGUAUCUUCAUUCUCAACACUCUCCAAAGAACUUGACCUACCUUAUGGGUUCCACAAUAUUUUUCUUCUUGAAUGUGCAUCAAUCAAGCCUUGCCCCCAACCUUGGAUAUAUUCUUAGACCUGAUAAAUGCACUCAGACUUGCAUCUUUAGGGAUUUUUAACUUUCUUUCACUACAUUGGCACUUAAAUUUUUUCUUUAUAAAACUUUUUGAAGGUCAUAAACAAAGACCAUAAUUGAUAUACCUAAUACAUUUCCUGUGUGUGUGUGUGGAACAUUCCAAAUACUUUUUUUCUUUUCCACUGUUUGUAAAGUGAAGCAAUUUAAUAUUUCAAGGGACUUUUUAAUAGUUCCUUAAGAACCAAUUUUAAAUUACUUCAGUGCAAUUCUACACAGUAUCAACAUUAGAAUUUUUAUCUUAGUCUUAUGUUAUCUUCAGAUUCUAUUUUUAUCUGCUUUUUGCUGCUAGUUUCAAAUUGCCAGUAUUUUCCUUUUUGCUUUUUAAACAGUUACAAUAUUUUUCAUAAUAGCCACAGUAUUGCCACAGUUUAUUAUAAUAAAGGGUUUUUAUUUGA